AUGAACGCCGAGCCGUGCGUUCCAUACUGCGACAUGACAUCCAUGGAUUCAUAUUAUAGCCCCUCUGCAGCGCCAGGUAGGGAUCAUCACCACCACACGGACCACUUUAGGACAUUCCCAGCCUCUGACACCAAAUACAGCCCCACUGCCUUCCUGCCCAACAAAGGUCAGGCGUACGGAGAAAAGUCCCGUAGCCCCUUCCACCAGCAGCAGCAGCAGCAACAGCAGCAGGAGUGCCAGUCAUUGGAUGCCGCCGCAGCUGGGCAAGGCACUUUCAGCAAAUACCACCUCUUCAUGCAGAGGUCUUCUUGCAAAACACCCCCCGAGGAGAGCAAACUGCACCAGGAGAGCGGACACAACGGAGCGCUCAUCCCGUGCUAUGGUAAAGACAGCUCAGGUCUGACAGACUCUGACUUGGCCCCGGACUCUGACCCACCUGGAAUGGACCCCAGCUACCUGUCUGUGAAGGAUCAGGGUGUGAAGGCGGCAUCCGACAGACCACCUGGCACAGACCUAUCGAGCCCUCUGGACAAGGGCGAUGGAGGCGAAAGCAACAAGGGGAAGAAGAGACGCAACCGCACGACCUUCACCAGCUACCAGCUGGAGGAGCUGGAGAAGGUUUUCCAGAAGACGCACUAUCCUGACGUGUACGCCCGGGAGCAGCUGGCACUGAGGACCGACCUGACUGAAGCCCGUGUGCAGGUUUGGUUCCAGAACCGACGAGCAAAGUGGAGGAAAAGAGAGCGGUUUGGUCAGAUGCAGCAGGUCCGGACUCAUUUCUCCACCGCCUACGAGUUGCCUCUGCUGGCACGACCUGAAAACUACGCACAGAUCCAGAACCCUUCUUGGAUCGGUGGCAGCAGUGCCGCCUCUCCUGUGCCGGGCUGUGUCGUGCCCUGUGACACUGUGACUCCGUGUAUGACGCCUCAUCCCCACUCUGCCAGCGGGGUGUCUGAUUAUCUGGGAAUGCCAAGCCCCGGAGGUCACAUGGGGCAGGCUCACAUGGGCAGCCUGUUUGGAGGAUCCCCUAUGGCGACCAGCAUCAACGCGUACGAUCUUAACAUGGACCCUGACCGCAAGUCCUCUAGUAUCGCCGCUCUGCGCAUGAAGGCCAAAGAGCACAGUGCAGCUAUAUCUUGGGCCACAUGAUGUGUUGAUACCUGCUGGAUUGGGGACAUGUUGACCCCUAAGAUGUCUACACAAACCCAGCAUGGGGUGAGUGAGGGGGCUCUAAAGUAAAAAACAGUGACUACCUUCAUACAUGUUGCAAUAAAAUAAAUAUGCAGAUAUAUGGAUGAGUGAGGAGAAUAUAUUGAUUUGAUCAAGACAAAUGGCACCACCGUUUUUCUACGCCCCUCUGGUGGGGAGAGUAGCCGCGGAGGGAGCGUGAGGUUUGUGCAAAGCAUGAUGGGAGUUGAUACUGUACUGUAUAAAUCAGUUGCAGUGUAGCACUGUAGUUAAACAAAGUAAAAUUCUAAUUAUUACAAAAAAAAGUAUCC